ACUUUUUUUUUUUUUAAAUAUAUAAAAUUAUUCCUUUCUUAUUUUAAAAAAGAAAACUAAUUUAAAAAACACGAUAUGAAUAUCACUCAAACACCGAACUUUUUUAGCUAAACACGUCCUUUGUUGAUGGUGUGCAAGGCUAACGGUCGGCGUUUUUAAACACACGUGACCAUGGCUCUGCCGACCCUCAACACCUAUAUUCCCCAUCGCAAACAAUCGUUUGGUAUAAGGCUAGCGUGGAAGAAGGAGCAACAAUGCCGCAGACAGGAGAAGCUGGACAUCUAUGCCAAAUACUUCAGGGAGCAGACUUUCCGCAAUCAUUUGCACCAUCAAUGGACCUCCAGGCAAUCCUUCGACCAGAGUAUGUCGGCAUAUUGUAGAGACAGGCUGGAGGAGGAAAACAUCAAUUGUCUGGAGGAGCGCAGGGAACGACUCAGGCACAUGCUCGAAGAGGAACAAAAACAACUGAACGCCGAGCUGAAGGAGCUGAAAGUGGAGAAAGGGCAAGGCAUAUCAAUGGAGAGAAGAAAAAAGCUGGCACAGGAGCUGCUGAAGGAGCACUGGAAAAGAACCAAACCGGAACCGCAACAGCAAGACGUGGCGGAGCAGGAGGACACGCAAAACAAUUAUGAGAGGACCCGAAGAGAAUAUGUGGGGCAGGAGGAUAUGCAAAACAAUUAUGAGAGGAUCCGAAGAGAAUCUGUGGAGAGAAUCGAACAAGAGGAGGAAAACAGGAGAGCUGAGGAGAUACAGCGAGCGGAAAACCUUCGCAAACUGAUGGAAGAGCUGCGGCUAAAGGAAGAGGAGGCCACUUGUCUAAGGAAGGAGGAAGAGUCCUUGCAAGUGCAGCUGUGGGAUGUGGGGAAGAUCGAUGCAGAGAGGAGGAAAAUAGAGGAAGGACGAAAGAAGGAUGCCAUGCGGAAUUUUCUCAUCCGACAGUAUCGCUUUCAGCUUAGGAGGAGAGCCCAGCAAGUGCGAGAAGAACUGGAAGUGGACCUCAGGCUCCUGGCGGCCUUGCUGCAUGGAGAGCAGCAGCAAAAUGAAGAAGUGAGGGCGGUGACGGCGAGAAGAGAAAGAGUCUUCGCCGACGCCGCCUGGAUGAAGCGUGUCAUCGAGGAGCAGCUCCAGCUGGAGAGAGAGCGGGAGGCCGAGUUUGACUUCCUACACAGAGAGGAAGCUCAAUACGUGUGGGAGCAACGGGAAGCGACGUGGGAGAGGGAGAGAAAAGCCAGAGAGAUGCUCAUGCACGAGGUGCUGGCAGAGAGGCGGAAGAUGCUGGCGCUGAAGAUGCAGAUCAACCGCAAGGCUCAGUUAGAGUCCUUGAAGAAACGAGACGAGAUGAUCCGGGAGCUGGAGGAGCUAAAGGAGUUUGGACGCCAGGACGAGAACCAAGACAGCUUUGAGGUGGAGCAGCAGCUUGAAGAGCAGUGCAGGAUAGAGGAGGAAGAGAAAGAAAACAGAAGUGCUUAUCUUGUCCACAGGGAGGCGCUGAGGAAAGACCAGCAGUGGAUGCCACACACAGGAUACCAGCCAACGAUUCACAGUCAACCUCGAAUAGCGUGGACAUGAGCAGCUGACAUCUUUUAUUGUCCUAUGAAGAAUUAUGUCUGCUUUUUAAAUUAAAUGUCUGCUUUUUAAAUAAAGAAUUCUUUAUAAAUG